AUGCCUUCAUUUAAUUCCACAUCAAAAGCGCUUUCGCGCUUGGUAUCGCAUCGGAAUUUAUCCCCAAGUCGGUUGUUAAAAUGUUCGGAUUAUAAUAAGAUUCGGUGUUUUUAUAGCGUUGCUGGCGCUGGUGCAUCGUCGUGCUCCAAUAAGAAACAGAUGGCCUCUUAUUUACCGGAAUUUCGAAUUUCGAAUAAUACUGUUAUGAUUCAGAAAAGAGGAUUUUUGGGCUGUGGUGAUGGUGAAGAGGGGAAUAUGUUAUCCAAAGUAUAUGAGGAAAGACGUGUUUUGGGAUACUCUCCUGAGCAAUUAUAUGCUGUCGUUGCUGCUGUUGACUUAUAUGAAGAUUUUCUUCCCUGGUGUCAGCGAUCAGAGAUCAUUAGGCGCCAUCCAGAUGGAUCUUUGGAUGCUGAACUAGAAAUUGGAUUCAAAUUUCUCAAUGAAAGUUAUGUGUCCCAUGUGGAGUUGAACAAAUCAAAAUCUGUAAAGACAACUUCAUCCCAAAGUAGCCUUUUUGAUCAUUUGAUCAAUGUCUGGGAAUUUAAUCUGGGACCUGUUCCAGGAACCUGCAAUCUUUAUUUCUUGGUGGACUUUAAGUUCCAGUCACCAUUAUAUCGACAGAUGGCGAAUAUGUUCCUCAAGGAAGUGGUAUCCCAUCUUGUUGGUUCUUUUAAUGAUCGAUGUCAUUUGAUAUACGGACCUGGGAUCCCAGUUCAUGAAAUUUUGUGCCCUUUAAACGUCUGGCAUUGGCAUAUCAGAUUUGAAGGUCGAAAGGCACUGACUUGGCAGACCCGAAAAGCGUUACUGUAG